AUAACAAGAAACAUGGCUUUUCAUUCAGAGAGGGAUAGAAGUGAAGAGCUUCCUUUGCGAAAUCGAGUUGAUCAACAACUGGUUUACUCAUUGAGACAACAGUUGGAUGCAUCAAAUCAAGACAGUGAUGGAGAUAUGCCUUUCUUCAGUUUUAGUUCUCUAAAGACUGCUACAGAUGACUUCUCAGAUGCUAAUAAACUUGGAGAAGGCGGGUUUGGUCCAGUUUACAAGGGAAAGCUGAUGGAUGGUGAGGAAGUAGCUGUGAAAAGACUAUCAACAAAAUCAAAUCAAGGAUAUGAAGAGUUCAAGAAUGAAGCAAAGGUCAUCUGGAAGCUUCAACAUAAGAAUCUGGUUAGACUCCUGGGAUAUUGUGUGGAAGGAGAAGAAAAACUUCUAAUCUAUGAGUACAUGGCAAAUACAAGUCUUGAUGCUUUCUUGUUUGAUCCAUUGAAGUGCAAACAACUCGACUGGCUCAAGCGCGAAAACAUUCUCAAUGGGAUUGCAAGAGGAAUUCUGUAUCUCCAUGAAGAUUCUCGACUCAAAAUCAUUCAUAGAGAUUUGAAAGUGAGUAAUGUACUGUUAGAUGAGGAGAUGAAUCCAAAAAUAUCAGAUUUUGGAACUGCUAGGAUAUUUGGAGGCAAGCAAAUUGAUGCCAGCACCAAUAGAAUAGUUGGAACAUAUGGGUAUAUGGCGCCAGAGUAUGCUAUGGAGGGAGUUUUCUCAGUUAAAUCCGAUGUAUACAGUUUUGGAGUUCUAAUCCUGGAGGUGAUCAGUGGGAGAAAGAGCAUUGGUUUUCUAAACAUGGACAGAGCGCAGAACCUUCUGUCAUAUGUAUGUAUGCUUCUUUUUGCAUGGGAGCUAUGGAAUGAAGGUAGAGCAGAAGAAAUGAUAGAUGAGAACCUGGCUGGAGAUUAUCGUGAGAGUGAGGCCGUAAAAUGGAUCCAGAUUGGCUUGCUGUGCGUGCAAGAAGAUGCUAACACCAGACCCACCAUGUCAAUGGUUGUUCUAAUGCUUGGAAGCCAGUCGGUUCACCUUCCUCAGCCCUCAAAACCUCCAUUUCUUACAGGUCGAGGGUCUCUCAGUAGAUAUCAAUAUUCAUCAACUGAAACAGGGACAGGGCUACUCACCACAGAUCAGUCGUCUACUACUGCUUCUAUCUAGCCACUGCAUUCAUUCAAUU